GUAUAAAUCUUGCCCCCGCCUCCGUUCAUACAUCGCUGCAGUCUGACACCGUCGGACGCUAGGCACAUCGUGAUCGCUCUUGCACGGCAGGGACCAGGUGUUGUUCAACAAUGGCGCUCAUUCCAAGACUGAUGCAGUACAGCAGUCUCCGCAAGAUGGUGCUGUUGGCACGCCAAUGGAAAACGCCUCCUAGCGCAUGCCUGGCCCAGUGCAGGGAACGGUCAUCGAUAGCCACCCCGCUCAUGAGGUCCGUGCUGUUCCUGAAGAAUUCACCCGAAAGCUUACAACAGUACAGCAGAGCCAGGGCUGACGCAUACAUCAUGGAUUUGGAAGAUGCGAUACCGAAAGGACAGAAAGAUUCUGCUCUGAAGCUGUAUGCUGAGACCAUGAAGAGCGGAAUAUUCCGCGGCCAUACUGUGUACGUACGCAUCAAUGACAUCAGUGACGAAACCAGACUGCUGAAAGAAGUAGACGCCCUCUGCCACCCUGAUCUAACGGGCUUUAUUGUACCAAAGAUCACUUCUCCUGACGACAUGAAGAAAGUCGACAGAAUCUUCUCCGAGUUGGAGAAAAAGAACAGCUUGCCUCGCGGCCACUGCAAGAUCAUCCCCAUAUUGGAGACUUUAGAAGCGCUGUGGCACGCACCGGCCAUUGCAAAGGCAUCCCCACGAAUGUCGGCGCUUAUAAAUGGACGUGCAGACAUAGCUGCGUGUUUCCGGAAGCCCCCUCUGAGCAGUCCCAUUGUACAUUCUUUUAUGCGCGAUGUUCUCCACGCUGCGAGAGCUGCUGGAAUACUUGCGCUGGACGGCGUUAGCUACCUGGACAACUUCCCCCGUUUGGAGCGUGACGUUACGAUGGGAAAGAUUCUGGGAUUUGACGGAAUGAUCGUGGUACAUCCAUCGCUGGUUCCAUAUGUAAACCAGCUAUAUUCUCCCACACGACAAGAGAUAGACUGGGCCGAACAAGUCACGGCGGGAGUAAGAAUCUACCAGCGAUCAGCUCAAGAACACCGACAGUUCAUCGGGCCUCCUCAUCUCCCCAGCGCCUCUCACAUUCUGGAGACACACAGCAAGAUCAAGGCGUUAGAAUCAUCUGUAAGUAGAAAUACCAAACCGGCGGAAGAUAUGGGCACCGUUACGCCAUUACAGCGAAAAGGCGGACUCUCAGCUAACCCUAUGAACGGAGGAGAAUGGACCCCCGGUAUCGUACCCGUGACCUUGGAUUCGUCAUGGUGUGCAGUAUGGAACUCGUCAUUUCUCAACACCAGGAGGCUGAACAGUGAUGAUGUGGCGGCAAGGCAGAUGGGCCUUCCGGGAAUCCAACCUCCGUUUCAUCUACUCGCGACCUUGGCGCUGUCCUUAGCUGUGUCAAAGUCUUCCGAAAUCGGUCGCUUCGGUCUCGGCAUCUCUAACGCGGUGCAGCUGAGACCUGUAGCCGAAGGAGACACCAUCAGAGCUUACUUCUCUCUGGACAGCGUGGAGGAGGCAGGAAGAAGCGGGAAAUACUCCAUAGUGACCAGCUCUCACGUCCUGGUCAACCAGCGAGACGAAGUCGUCUUCCGGGCAACAAAGCCGACCAUGUACCCAAAGAAGGCGACUGAAAAGUUACGUAUAGCUAAAAAGCAGAAGAACGGGAUUCCAACAGACUCCGAGGUUCGCAGACACAUUGUCCAGAAUGCAGCAUUGCGUGGGAACACGUACACGGGAACAAUGAGCCUGCCUUUGGAGUCAAAGAAAUUGUACGUCCAUCGCAUAGUUAAAGUCUUCAGCCCGACCGAAGCUAAGGGGCUUUCCAACCUGGUGCGAGCUACAAAUGAACAUCACCUCAACAUCAAGAAAUUCACCACUGACGACAUUGUGGUAGCUGGUCCUCUGGCCGAGGCGGCAACUGUUCACAACGUAGCUGACGAGUUCGGUGACAUCCUGUAUCAAGAGGUUGUGGAGGCUUCUAAUGUCAACCGAGUGAACCAGGAGGAUAUGAUUGGUUCUGUCAGCUUUAUCCACAGUAUUCAGCAGCUGAAAGAGAAUCCCGAUUUGGAAGAGGUGACCGUACGUACCCUGGGGAUCAAGAACCUGGACGUGGAUGAACUGAUGGACAGAGACUUUCCAGUACGACUUUUCUGUGGAGCCAAUAUGAAAACAGCCGACUAUGAGAAGAUCUGCAGCGAGGAGUUCCCCCUGCUGUACCGAAGGAUUGCUACCCAAGUUCUGUGGAAAUUUCUCCGUCUUCGGCCUUUAACAAGCAACGAGGUUCCUGAUGGAAUUCAACAAGAAUUCUCCUGAGCCGGUUAAGCAGAAGUCAUGUUGUAACUUUGUUACAAACAUUAUUACCAUCACACAUAGACACACAGCUGCCUGUGUUUACUCAACAGGUGCCUGUUUUUAUGUUUUACUGAAUAGGUGACUGUUUUACUGAAUAGGUGACUUUUUUGCUCAACAAUAAAAGGGUUUUUAUAAAGCAAACGUACUUCUGAUUGGGCAUGGAGAUGCCAUAUUUCAUACACUAAGAAUGUCACAAUCACAAGACAUGAGUAUCAUUCUGCAUAACUAAUUAUCUGGAAAAGCAGUUCGAUGGAAAAAACGAUCACGUUCAUUCAAUAUGAGUUACAUCUUCAGCAGUAAGAAUCAACUUACGCUUACUAAGCAAAGUAAGUACAUAAUGGUGGUGAAGGUUUGUCUAAUCUUGGAAAGUUCAUAUCAGCUUGCACGCCGCUUUUCACAACAUUAACAGUACACAUUCUAAAUAAUGCAAUAUGAUAUAUAUUGUAUUGACACUAUAUAACUUAUAAGGUAAUAUUGGCUAUGGUCAGUUUUUAUUCAGGAGGCUCCUAAGAUAUUUGAUUGGGGUGUUUCUGUAUCGAAUUUGUGUUGAAAAGCGAGAGAGCGAACUGGUGGUUGGGCUCUUUGCAGUUUCUAAUUUGCUUUUUCACGGCGGGGGGGGGGUGCAUGCAGACAACAAACCUACUGAAACUUUUUUUUAAAUCAUAAUCAAAGGCGCACUGCAGCAAAGCUUUCAGUCGUACAAGUGUCAUUUAAUAUACUCUCACCAUGGAGUCACUAUCAGUCCAUGAGAUGGAAAGAAUAUGUAAACUAGCUAGCGCUUCUUUGCACUUGAUACGUUUAAUAAACGAGUUUUUUAAGAAUUAUUC